AUGCAAAGAAAGGACAUAUCAGGUAGAUUAUAAUCAAACUUAUCAUCAUUUUAAGGAUCUUAACAAUAUAAUGCUGAAUUUGAAGUUUAAAAGAUAUAAUAGAAGAAGCACAUUAUCUACAAAAAAGAUCGAAGAGAUGGCUUCGUAAUCAGAAACUAUAAAUAGAAACAAGAAACUUAAUCCAUACCCUUUGAUUAGCUAAUCAAUUCAACAGAUUUGGAUUUGUCGAAGCAAAGUAUUAGACAGUCAAUCAGUGAAAAUCAAUAAAGAAAAAGUAGAUCUGUGGAUAAUUCAGGUAGCAUUAAGAGCGAAGUACAAGGACAAAGUACAAUAAUGCAGGAUCCUUAGAUCACUUUCGACAGCAUGAGCUCAUUUUCUAAAGGCCAUCCUUCGAAUAUUUAGGAUGACUUAGGCAAGUACAGAUCAGGCGUCAACGUUCACAAUCCUAAUAGAAAUACCUAAAGGACUAAAGAAAUUGUAUUCUAAGUCAACUAGCUGCUAGAAUAGAAAGUGAAUAACGGUAGAUGGACAAAGGAAGAGCAUGCUAAAUUUUUAGAAGCACUAAGGAAGUAUGGAAAGAACUGGAACAAAGUUUUUGAGCAUGUUAAGACUAGGAAUGAGUAGCAAGUAAGAUCUCAUGCUCAGAAAUAUUUUAAUAAGCUUAAGCAAAAGAAAAACAUUAAAAAUCUAGAUAUCUACAAUGUCUUGAUGCAAUAUAACAGCAGGAUGAGAGGAUUUCACAGUAAAAAAACAGAAACUGAAGCUCCUUAAAAUAUCAUUUUUAUGAGCAGUAAAACUAAAGCUAUUUAAAAGGAUAAGUCGAGUAUAUCCGAUGUGGAAAGUUACAAGAAACAAAUGCUAUUUUAAGUUAAAAGGAAAUUUUCUAGUUAAACUCAAACAGCUAGAUCAGCAAUACUCAAGGACAAGACUUCACCUAAUCCUUUGACAUUAAUUCCGAAGAACUAUACCUAUUCUCAAAAGUUUGAAAGUAAUAAUGAGAACUCUUUGAGUUCAUCAUCUUAUGAAAUGCGGUAAACUGAAAAAAGCCUAUCCUCCUAAAACUAAGCUAUGCAAAGUGUCUCGUCUAAAAAGGUUGAAAAACUUUUUGAGGUUACUAAAAUGGAGAAAUACAAUAACUAGUAAUAAAACACUGAUAACUAGAGCAUCAUUAGCAAUGAAAUCGCUCAAUCUUUAGUCAAUCCUAGCUUGAUUCAAAUAUCGAAUGAAGAGCUAGAGUAAUUUAUUGAAUGGAGGAAUAUGCAGCAUAAUUCUUUUAAAAAAUAAAUCUUUCAACCAAGUUCCCAUAGACCCAAAAAUCUAUCUGAUGAAGUUUUGAAGGACGAGCAGGAGCAUAAGGCAUAAAAGAAUAGAGAAAGUUUAGAUUCAAUUUUUAAUCCAAACAAGGAACAAAAAUCUAACAGAAUGGCUAUUUCCUCAGAUCAAGUCAAUAAACUUGUAGAUGAAAUGUAGAGAUUUUCAAUUGAGGAUGAGGAGAAAAACUUUGAAGAAUAAACUAAAAACAACUAGAUAUUUGAUCAAAGAUCAUCUUAUAGCUCGAGAAUGGAUAUUGUCUCAUAAAUUGCUGAUUAGGUCAAUGAGCAUAUAGAUAAGAAUCCGAAUAAGGUUAGUGGAAUGAGUGGUAUAUCUCAAUAUCUAUAAAAAGGAGAACAACAGUAGCAGCAUUAGGGAUCCUUCAAUAAUAGAACAUCUUCAUUAGGGAACAAGCCUGUGUCUUUGGGAAAUCUUAUGAACUUCAUCUACUAGCGAAGCAACAGUGAAAUAUCUAAUUAGAUGUAUGAUGGACCUGGAAAUAAUGGAGGCAACCAUUACAAUGACAAGAUGUCAUUAAUUAGUGGAAGCAGAGAGGGGAAAAACAAUUUCCCACUACAGAGGAGUGAGACUACGAUCAAGGAUCAGCAAAUACUUAACGAUUUUAUAACAUUCAGUCGAGAAUCAGGCAAACUUAACAAUGAUGUACUGUCAUUGCUUUCGCGAGGAUCAAACAUAAGCGGAAACGUUUACUUUUAAGUUCAAGAUUGGCAGUGA